AUCCCUAACGCUGUAAAGAACCCGGACAGGAACAAAAACGUGUCAACUCCGGCUAACUUUACAACAGUCACCUUUGUGAAGUCCCUCGCCAGCAGCCAAUCAGCGGCAGGAAGAGACACAUGGACGGUGAUAAUAUUUCCACACAGCAGGCUGAGGCCAUCGAGAACAAAGAAAGACGAUGAGUUAUCUCUAAAUUGUCCGUCUAUUUGGUAUGUUACGAAGUGCCUUUAACGUUUAUUUGAAGACUCAGUAGUUUUUUUUAAAUUUUGGGCGUGUUGCGACUUGUUGGUUUUGUUGAGCAACGGGGGAAGCUCGUCCGUGUUGUGGCGACUUCUUCCGAACCCUGCUGCCUUCUAGAGGGAAACGUCGAUUUAUGGAGUCACAUCAUCCUUGGUAGAAGAGGGUUUAUGUGUUCAACUGCAUCUUUGCACACAGGCGCCUCAUUUGCGCCCAUGAGUUAACACCAGGAUUUCCCACUAACUCAUUAGGAUCUUUAGUCUAUCCCUUUCCCUGGCCUCUCCCCCAUUCCCUUAAAACCACCUCACUAUGGGCCAAAAGAUCUCUGUGAGCAUCAAGUCAGUGGAUGAACAUGGAGAGCCCUCAUACCAACCAGUGCAACGUGAACUACGAGGUCCAGAUUUCUGCCGGCCACCCAGAUUGGAUUUACUGCUGGACAUGCCUCUUGCCAGUCCUGAGACACAACUCUGCCACGCCUGGAACCCUGAUGAUAGGUCCCUCAACGUUUUUGUUAAAGAGGAUGACAAGCUGACCUUCCACCGACACCCGGUGGCACAGAGCACAGACUGUAUCAGAGGCAAAUUGGGCUACACCAGAGGCCUCCACGGUUGGAGGAUUCAUUGGCCAGCCAGACAGAGAGGCACUCACGCUGUGGUUGGGGUGGCCACAACUGAAGCACCUUUACACUCAGUGGGAUACACUGCUUUAGUGGGCUCCGAUUCAGAAUCCUGGGGCUGGGACCUAGGUCGAAACAGACUGUACCAUGAUGGAAAGACUCAACCAGCAUCUUCGACAGCACCAACAUACCCCUGUUUCUUGGAGUCAGAUGAGUCAUUUGUUCUUCCAGACUCCCUGGCAGUAAUACUUGAUAUGGAUGAGGGCACAUUGAGCUACAUGGUUGAUGGACAAUAUCUGGGAGUAGCAUUCAGGGGUUUAAAAGGCAAGAGAUUGUAUCCCAUCGUCAGUGCUGUGUGGGGACACUGCGAAGUGACUAUUCGCUACAUCAACGGACUAGAUCCGGAGCCCCUCCCCCUCAUGGACCUAUGUAGACGUGCGGCUCGCCUGGCUCUAGGUAGGGAGCGAAUCCAUCACAUCGACACGCUGCCACUGCCUGAAACUCUCAAGAACUACCUCCAGUACCAGUGACUAUGACACACACACACACACGCACGCACGCACGCACGCACGCACACACACACACACACACACACACACACACACACACACACACACACACACACACACACACACACACACACACACACACACACACACACACACACACACACACACACACACACACACACACACAGGCAGAUGUUUUUUGUCACCACCACACUUUAAACUGAGCUCAAAAAUAAACCUGAGACAUCUGCUGAGGAUGCGGACAAGAAUGUAUAGAGGUUGAAGAUGACACUAGUUUAUGAAUGCAAAAAAUAGACUGUCCAUAAUGUCUUAAACACUGUGGCUUGAGGCUACUGUUUAGUCUGACAUAUAUUGUGGAAGCAUGUUAUUUGUCAUGCAUGAUGUACAUGAAAAACAUCCGUAUGAGAAACGGAUUGAGGAAACAAAAAAAGGAAGACAAUCUAUGAACACUCUCAAAACCCACGCACACACAUCUCUUGGCUCUGGUAAGUAGUAUAUUGCAUACAGUACAUAACAUGCAUUCAAUGAAUGGUUGUGGGUUUUCUAAUAAUGAAGUCACCUUUUGUUUCCCCUACUUGAACCCCCUUUUUAAUGUUUCUCAUUUUUAUACAAACUGCAUAUGACUUGAUGAACCUAAAGGUGACACUUUGACUGUUAUUGUGCCUGCUUUAAGAAGACUUUAAGAAACACACAAAAAAAGCACCUGACACUUCUGUUCUUUGUAAAGAGUUUUUUCCCCCCCUUUGGAGUUUUAAAUGCUGCUUUUCUAUCGUUACAUUGUCUUAAUAUUGUGGGUUUUUAUUCACAAAUUCUUUUUU